AUGUCCACGUCUAUCACCGCAAACCAGAGCCCCAGCGAAAUACAAAGCGAUCCGGAUGAAUCGCGCUACGUACCUCCUGCUGGUGCUUAUGUGGUCAUACAACUCGAUGUUGAGACCACUAUCCAACGCUACAAGCUCGACAUCAGCAGAGUGGCGGAAGGUAUCAAGGAGUAUCAUCCGAAAAAGUACUUGGCUUCCGUCCGGACCAUCUGGGAAUUGUCUAUGCCCUUCAAGCCUUCUCACAAAGUAUCCGUCGAAUUCGUUGGGACGGGUAUACGUGCCGAGGAAUACGAAGAAUGUGUGACGCCCGAGAUGUGCACACCGAUUGCGCCUACGUCCGGGCAUCCACUCAUUACUCGCGAGGCCGUCCAACCGUCCUCCGGAUUCCCGUUCGACGAUUGUUACUACUACUCUUUCGUCACGGCGACAGUUAGGGUCCCCACAAAACCGUACCUCCGUCGACACAUGGUAACAUUGGAUGCUCGAGAUCGGGUCAUGCUGGCCAUUAACGAAUCGGACGAUAGCCGAAAAUACAUCGCCCUGAAGAAGGAACGAGGUAUCACCAACCACAAACUCUUCAGGCCGAGCUUGAAUUCUGAAUCAUUCACAGGAUUCCCCCUCGAGCCGUAUGAAGAAGACGAAGACGUUAGCUCUCACGAUGAAGAGGAUGGCAUGGAGGAUAAGCAGGCUGAACAUCGCUCAGAGUGUUGCACGGACAGUGAGAGCAUGGUCAGCGCGAGCUCCGCAUCCUAUGACGAUGUACCGCCAUUGGACGAAGACGAUUUGGCAGCAAUAAUCUUCGGCGGUGAGGAGGAGUUCGAGGACCCUGACGCCAGUGACAUUCCCGUGUCGGUCAAUGCUUGGGUCGAUCUACGCGAAAUUGAAGAGGUCAUUGACCCAUCCGGUUUCCUAGAAGAAGUAGCCCAUCUGAGGCGGUGA